AUGGAGAUGAUGAUGAAGAAGGAUGUUGAGAUGCAGCAAACAUUGAGGAAUCAUGAUGCCACUAUCCACAAUCUUGAGUUGCAGAAUCAGCAGAUGGCCCAAGCACUGCAGACUCAAAACCAAAGGGGUUUACCAUCCACUACUGAAGCACAUCCAAGAGAGCAAGUCAAGGCGAUUACAUUGAGGAGUUCAAAAGUGUUGCCUGAACCUCCUGCAGAGAAGGUUGUAGUAGAGACAGAGAAGGAACAGUGUGAGGGUGGUGCCGCUGAGUUACUAUUUUCAAAACCAUAUACUCCACCUCCACCAUAUGUUCCUAAGGUUCUGUUUCCGCACAGACUGGAGAAGCCACAAGACACUAAGAAGUUUCACAAGUUCUUAGAAACUUUCAAGAAGCUGCAGAUCAAUAUCAGCCUGGCAGAUGCUCUUAGGGAGAUGUCGCAUUAUGCAAAUUCCUUGAAAGACAUUCUGAUGAACAAGCGGAACUGGGACGAGAGUACGGGUCCAUUUACAGAGAACUGCAGUUCAAUCAGUUUGACCAAGUUGCCUACAAAGCUCAAAGUCCCAAGGAGUUUUUAUGUUCCAUGUACUAUUGGUGAUUUAAGAACUACGAAUUGUCUUUGUGAUUUGGGUGCCAGUUUAAAUUUAAUGCCCCUUUCUUUGUUUAGACAGCUAGUUGGUGAUCAACAGGUUAAGACCACUCCUAUGAUGUUGCAGCUUGCUGACCACUCUAUUAAGAAGCCGCCAUUCAUGAACACUAGUAGGGCUCUCAUUGAUGUGAAUGCAGGCAAGAUGACCCUACGAUUAGAGGAUGAAAGUGUGGAGUUUGAGAUGAAAAAGAGAGCGCAAAUCCCGAGUAGUGAGGAAAAAUGCAUGAGAAUUGACCGCGAGGAGGAGAGUGAGCGUGAGAGCAUGUAG